AUGUUCACCGUCACAAAAUACGUAAUGAUAUGGGCAGGCUUUUGGAAGCUUGAAAUAAAAGAAAAUUUAAAAUUGCCUUACAAAAUAUGGCAGCUGUACAUGAUGUGGGCGUAUGUUAGUGUCACCCUCGGAAUUACAGGAAAUGUCAUCUAUGUUCUUCAACGUGAUCCUGUCAGAAUUAUAGAAGCCAUAGGAGUAGCUAUAAGCGACUACACUAUCAUGUUGAAAUUGCUACUUUGUUCACAACGUAAAAUCACUCAGCUACUUCAAAUAGCUGUCCAAGAUGAUGAAAUUGUAUCAAGUAAAAACCCAACCCUAAACCGAAUGCUUUGCAUUCAUAAAAAAUCAGUAAGCAUAAUGGGAUUAUUCAUCGUAACUUAUACCUUUGCGUUUUGUUUUUAUUUGUGCAUCUAUGGAGGCCCAGUACAAUACAGGAUCUAUCAAAUGAAAUUUCCAAACGCCACAGAAAAACCUGAGUACAUUCUUUCCAUGUGGUUUCCGUUCGAUAUUCAGAAUCACUUUGACUUAGCAUUGUUCUUGCAAUGCUUCAUAUAUAUUCAAUCAAGCGCUGCAAAUUUUGCUAGUAUGGUUCACGUUAACACAUUGAUGUCUUACGCUGUGAUUAAAUUGAAGAUGUUGGAGUAUUAUUUUAGGAACUUUGAUACAUUUCCUCAAGAGAUUCAUUCUGAAGAUCCGGUGUACAGAAAUAGGAUGGCGGUUAAGAAUUUGGAAAACCUCAUUAGGAAACAUCAAUUUAUAAUAGGGUUCAUAAAAGACUUAAAUGAAUGCAUGAGAACAACUUUACUAAUUGAAUUCAGCCUUUCAUCGUUAAUGUUGGCCUCUAUUACUUCACAGAUUAUUAGUAGUGGAGACAUUGCAUUUGCGAUUUACGAAUCCGACUGGUACAAUUACAACGCAAAAGUGGGCAAAUUAAUUUUCAUAGUAGUGAUGAGAGCCAGAAGAGAGCUGACUUUGGAUAUCGGACCUUUCGGACCGAAUACCCUUGAAGCUGCUAAAACUCGCAUGCAAGUGGCUUAUUCCUAUUUGUCCGUAAUAUCUGGAAGUAAACGCAAUAAUUAA